AUGACCUCUUCUACCACCCGCAAGCAAAAGAAACCCCAGCAGGCAAACCGCAAGGUGCUGCUGGCCGACACCAUUGGACAGACGCUGUACGAGCGUCUCCUACAAGCCCGCAUUGACUGUCCCAUCGCCCACUGGGCACCUGUGCACCAUCCUCUGGCUCCUCAGCUCUCAUCCACCAUCAACUGCAACCUCAGCAUCAACAGCACCAGCUCCAGCACCCUCACCACCUCCCCAUCAGCCUCCACCUCCGACAUCAAAAGCAUCCCCUCCAGCCGCACCAGCCAUGACUCACUCCACAAACCCUCAUCAUCAUCCUCAUCACUCCCACCCCUCCCUUCCAACCGCAUCAUCACCCUCGGCGGACCCUGCACCAACCUCUCCACCCUCACCACCCUCACCCACUUAGCCGCCAAAUACAGCCAGGUCUCGCACAUGUCCCUCCUCGACCCAAGCUACACCGUCUUCCUCAACACCACACACACCGCCGCGCUGUGCUUCAAAGUCGUACACCAAACAGCCAUAGUCGCCGGCGACCCCAUCAGCUCGGAAGAGAACAUCCCGUCUCUCCUCUCCGAAUUCAAAACCUAUCGCAAAUCCCACCUCCUCGGCAUGGCCUUCCUCGGCGCCAGCCCACGUCUCACACACUACGCCCAUACCCAGAGCCAAACCCAGACCACUACAAAAAACAACUGGACAAUGCUCCACUUCGGGACCUCACGCGUCCUCAACCCCACCACCAACGCCCUCCUCAACGAAUCAACCGGAAAGCGUCUCAUUUUACAAAACAAACAACUCCUAAACCCAAAUAAAGGCGGCAUAACCCUGGACAUAUACAUUCCCGGCAGCAAUCCCACAUUAGAAAAAGAUCUCCAAGAAAUAUACACAACAUGGCGCACCACCCGCAACACCUCAUCUACUCCCCAAGCCUUCAUAACAGAAUACACCUCUCCCUUCUCAUCGACUCUCCUCCCCUCCCUCAUGACCUACAUCUAUGCCAAGGAUAAAAACGGUGUGCCACUAGCUUUCGCAGCCCUGCGCUACUGCGGCGCUAACAACGGAUACCAUAUCGAUCCGUGCGUGGCGCUACCGACGGCUCCCAAGGGACUGACAGAUCUGUUGAUGUUCGCUGCGAUGGCGCUGUGUCGGCAUGCCGGGGUGGGGUAUUUGAGUGUGGGCUUUGAGCCAUUAGAGGAGUUGGGCGAGGUCAGGGGGCUGAGGGGCCCGUUGGAGCAUUUGGCGAGAGGGGCGUAUCGGUUUGCGUUUAAGCGGUUGCCGUCGAUUCAGGGGAAGAAAGCGUAUUAUGAUAAGUGGAGGACGGAGGAGGGGUUGGAGGAGAGGUUGUUUUUGGUCUUGACGGGGGCCGGGGGUGGGUUGGGGGUUGUGGCGGUGACGCAUGUUGCGAAUGUGAGGAUUAGGAGGGUGGUUUGGGGGUAG